UAGAGCCUAUACCCUGUUACACCAAAGCUAAAUCAUGCAACAAAUCAACUCAUCCAACAGCUCACUCACCACUCCUGUCUCAACUGAAGACCUGGUUGCCAGUAGUGUUCUAGGAGUUUGCUUCAUACUGGGAGUCCCUGGUAACAUAACCGUAAUGGUAUAUCUUGCUGGAUGGCUGAAGAGAGGCAGCUUUACCCCAAGACUGAUGUUAAGCUUGGCCAUAUCAGACCUACUCACUCUGAUUUCUCUGCCGGUUUGGAUUUGGACUCUUCUGCAUGGCUGGAGAUUUGGCUUGGUCUUUUGUAAGCUUCUCUCCUAUGUGCUGUACUUUAGCUUCUACUGCAGCAUACUGUGUGUGAUUUUGAUGAGCAUGCAGCGAUACAUCCAAGUGCUGCAUCCUGAGAAAUGGAACAAGCUUGGCAGAAAAGGAAAGAACAUCCUUUUGAGUGGGAUGUGGAUGUUAAGUGCAGUUUUAUCAUGCUAUGCUCUGGUACUGCGCAAAGAAAUCCCGGACAGAGGAAGACAUCAGUGCAGUGUACGCUAUGAGAAUGAUGUUAAAAGUUUGGCUACUUUAAUCUGGGAGAUUCUACUAUUUGUGGUUUUGUUUUUUACACUGACUUACUUCUACUUUCAUCUUUACCGAGGAGUUAAUAGAACAGCUUUCUUUAGCAGUAACUCAUUGACAAAGCUGGUGACCAGAAUUGUGGUUUGUUUCUUUAUUUUUUGGGUCCCAUUAAUAAUAACCAAUGUUAUGAUUGUUACUGCUUUGUUUCUUGGGAAUGAGAAUCUGUUCAAAUCUGCAGAAUCUGGAAACCAAAUCACUGGAGCACUGACUUUCAUUAACAGUUGUGUGAACCCCUUUCUGUACGCUUUCUCUGCUCGGAUGAUGCGUCAACACCAAGAUGGAACAGAAAAUACUUAGUUCCUUCAUGAUGUAGAGAUUUGAUGGACAGGUUUUAUGGAUUAUAUGACAGCCAGUGACAUUUUGCAUUUUAAAAGAAAUUUUUACAUUUUCUUUCACCUUUACAAUAUUUUACGCGUUGGCUGAAGCUUCUUUCUCUAACCUUUAGCACAUCAAAAAAAAAGAAAAGAAAAAAGAUUCCUGUGUGUAUUGUGUCAUGACUUUUAUACAUCAUAACCUACUUCUAAACAGUCUAAACAGUUUUACUGCUACUUGGUUAACAUACUUUUUAUUGUACAUAAUUUGCCAGUAUCAGUGAGAAACAACUAUUUCUUCAUUUCAUUGGUUCUUUUAUCUUUUUGUCUCUUUUUAUCUAAGAACAGAGCAGCUGGGAAAAUAAUUUUAUAUAAUUUCAUCAUGGUCUUAUAAAGAUAUCACCAGUUAUUAUUAGAUAAACCCAUUACUCUUACAUUACAUCAAGAAAUUGACUUAAGUUUUACCUGGUUAUCGGUGUAAGCCAUCAUUCAAGAAUAAAAUAUAUUAUCAUAAUUUGUGAUUGUAACUGAUAAAUUUGAAUCUUAUUUUAUUUUAUUAACUAAUAUGAAGGAUCUUUACAAAACAUUGAUGGUAUUGUGUGGCAGCAUGUCAUAUUACAGAUAUUAAAAUUUGCAUUGUAUUGGUUGAUUAUAUCCAGAGGCAUGUAUAACUAUUACACAAAGAAUUUCCACUAAAACCACAAACUUUUCACCCACAUUUCAGUACACAGUUUACCUUAUAUAUAUAUAUGGUAGGGGUUGCAUGACUACUAAUUUUUCCACUCAACCAGUAAUUACAAAAAGUACUUGAUUAUUUUUCCAAUAUUUUAUUAUUGUUUUAUUUGUGCAGAAAAGAAUGCAUCAAACCACACUUCACUUAAUAGUGUUGUGUUUUAGCAAACUCCAGGGGCAGCUACGUACAACCACCCCCAAGGGCAUCUCUUUGUGGUGUUCUGUGAGCUUAGUCAACCAGCUAAAGGCAUAAAGGCAGUUCUUUUUGGUGAAGAUUGGUGACCUAUAUGAUUUUGGGGCCGUGAACAGUGGUCCCCACAGGGUACUGGAGUAGCUUGAGCCACAUAUUGUGGAUUCACAUCUGGUUCCAGCUGCUCCCUCUGGGCAAUGUCAGCCACCAAAGCCACAGGGAUCACCUCUCCUCAUUGUUUAAUGAGAUUGAUGUGGACUUUUGCGGACAUACAGUACUUAUGCAGAGAUAUACAAAAGUGCUUUGAAGUCUCUAUCAGUGAAUACGUCACUACUGGUUCACUAGGUUACAGACUUAGGAUACCAUCAGCCUAAAAUUCAACACCCACUUCAGCUCUGGACAGCCUCAUGCUGCUGCAUCAUGCUCAGAAUGAUCAACCAGUGCCUUUGGGAUGUUAAAGGGGUUGCCCCACCUUUUACAGCAUAAUGUGGUGUAUGGCUCUGAAGGCCAUCAUGGAUGCUUCUCGAGUAGCAGCUGGCUGGACCACCAAAGCACCUAUCAAUUUUCAGUCUUUGUCUGAAGAAGGGACCUGGAAGUGCUGCUCUUGAUCCAACCUUAGCUCUUGGAGAGCCUGGUGUUGAUUCAGAUAGAUGCCAGUGUGGGUCUUGAUCUGGGAGAGAGGCACUGGGAGAGAGAUUUUUAAAUUUAUAUUUCUUUCUCCGUUUAGGGUGUAAAGAUUUUCAGUGCUUCUUGAAUCAUGGUGUCUGUCAUUGGAGACACACACCAACUUAAACACAUUAAAGUUCAGUUCUGAUUAGGUCUUGCUCCCAGUGCUCUCUUGUCCAUGUACUGUAUAUCUCUGUUGCCGCUGGAAUUUUUUCAGCAUAGUUUUGUGCAGCUGACUGAAUUGGCUUUAUUUAAAAUGUAUACAUUUUGCCUUCUGUCUUUACCACCUGCCUGCAUCUUUUUACUGCUGAUACCUCUAUAAAGCUUAAAUUGUUAUAAUGUCAAAAUGAGUGAAUGAAGAAAUGCGAAAUACAUUGCUGUACUUUUUCUGCCAA